UUUUUUUCUUUUCAACAGCAGCAUGCAAGCUCUUAUUUCGUAGAUUCAAUAUCUUUGAUUCUCUAUGAAAAUUCUAGUUGGAAUUUUUAAAAGUUCUCUUCUGCUUUUUUUAGAAUAUUUUGAUUUUUUUAGUUUGUUUAUUUCUUUGUCUUUAUUUUUGGUGUUUAUUUUCUGUCUGAUCAGUAUUUUAUAUCUGAUGAUCCUAACAUUUAUAUGGAUAUUAUACAUUUUAAAAAUUACAGUGCUUACUAAAAAAGCUGAUUGAGGUUUUCCUAACCUGUCUCUCUCUUAAAUGGGAGGGAGUCUUUGAAUGACCACUCCACUCACUCCUUCUGGUCUCAUCUAAAAUGUCACUUUCUUGGAGAUAUUGUCUGUAGCAAUCCUGUCCAAUUCAUUAAAAUUCUUUUACUUUUUAAAUCAUACUUAACUUUUACAUAUUUAAAGUUUCAUUUUUUUUCCUACUAGAUGAUAAGUUCCUAGAGUACAGCAAAGGCUACUUUUGUCCUUUUCAGUGUACUCCCAUGCCCAAGUGCAGUGCCGUCACGCAGCAGGUGUUUGUUCAUUCAGUAGUUGUUGAAUAAAUGCAUUCUGCUUUCUGUCCCUUCAGUUUCACAGAGACUAUACUUACUUUGGCUAUAAAUACUUUUCUACCUACCAAUCCUGUGGCAAUAUUGAGUUCUAACCGUAUUUUGCUGCUGUUCUUUAUGGUUGGUAUGAAGUGAAGAUGUGAGUUCUCCCAGAAUCGGCUCCCAAAACAGGAAUUUGAGUGCAAAUGGUUCAUUUUGGUGUUACAGAAUAUCCUGGAGACCGGAGAGACCAAUGGAUGAAACAAGAGGAUUUUAUUAAGGUGCCCACCGGCUCAGCAGAUUAGUAUCCCAAGGCUGAGGCCCAGAGAAAGAAAAUGGGGUACUUUUAUACAUCCAAGAUGACAUAGCAGCUAACAGGUUUACAGAAGUCAGAACAAAGAACAGUUAAUUAAUUUGCAACAUGUCUUGUUAUGUAUAUCACAUUUGAAAAAUAGCGUUUUGAGGAACUCAUUGUAGAUUUUUUGGGUGUUAUCUUGCCCUGUGACAUUGCAGCUGGUUAGCAAGGAAAACAGGAGUCUUGAGAUGCCUGGGAACUUUGCUGAGAAUGUGGGAAGAAUAGAUAAGGUAGGUUGUACAGGGAGGAAGUUAAUUUUAAGCAGUGCUAGGGGUUAGGUUUUAUAUUAAAAGCAUACAACACAGCAAAAUGUAUUUUUUAUAUAGGAACUACAAAUUAUAAGGUUUUGUUUUUACUAUUACUGCUAUUAUUUAAUUCCCUUCUUCAUUGGGAGUGAUCAGUAGUGGCCAGAAACUUAUUUUGGGAGUGACCCAGAGUUACUAAUCAGCAGCCUUCACUGAUUUCUUCUACCUGUGAUAUAUACUCAUUUCGUCAGUUAUCUUUAGUAAUCAAGUGACUUCAUAUUUCUAUUUCUAGCCCAGAAACCUGGCCACCUUUUAGCAUGCGUUGUCCAAGCCCCAUCAUCCAUCCUCUUGUUCUUGCUAGGAUCUGAGGCGUCAUCCAUGACACCCCCACCUCUCCCUUCCCAUGUGGAAUCUAUUGUCAAACUAUGUCACAUUUAUCUUCACAAUGUCCCUCUGAUAAAUCCACGUCUCUCCACGUCUGAAUAGCAUCACAUUAGUUCAAACCACCAUCGUCUUUCUGCAGGACUAUUUCAGUAGCUUUCUCUAUGUACUUCCCCAUCCAAUCUCUUCUCUGUACUAAAGAUAGAGUAAUGUUUACCAAAUGCAAGUGUGAUCAAAUUACAACCAGUUUAAAACCCAUCAAUGGCUGAAUUGUGACCUGAAGGUAAAGACGAAACACCUUAAAAUUCCUUAAAAGACUGCAUAGCUUCCUUUUCCUCUAUCCUUAGCUGACCUUUUUCUGUAUCCUUAUCUGACCUUAUUUAUCCUUUUCUCUAACCUUAUCUGAAACAGCCUUACCCUCUGCUGCAGCCACACUAAUGUCUUUUCUGAAUCUGGUACUUUCCAUACUGUCCCCUGUCACAAGACCUUUGCACAUGCUGUUCCCUUUGCCAAGAAUACUUUGUGUUGCUUUUUGAGGGGCAAAUUAACUAUAAGGGAGCAUUCUUUCCUUCAGAUCUCAGCUCAUGCAUUAAUUCUUUAGGGAAGCCACACCCACAUCUGUGCCUUUUCUCACAUUUGUGGUUUGAAAUUCUUUGUAUGAUUAUUUGACCAAUCUUUGCUUUUUUACUAGACUGUUGCUCUGUGGAAAUUGUAACCAUAUUUUUUGGGUUCAUUUUCUUUGUUUUAGGAAUAAGUAGAGUUCUAAUUUUUUUUCUUUUGUUACAGGGGUGCCAUUCACAGCAAAUAUAGGCAUUUUAGAGGUGCCAAAAUAAAAUAUAUCAGCCAUAUGUAAUAAAUUCCACUUCUACUCUUCUACCCUGUAGCCCCAGAAGCAGCAACAAUGGGGUUAAAGGAUCAUGCAGUAUUUUUCAGGAAAAUGACAGAGUUAAUUUUGUAUGAAAUGCCAAAAGCUGGGUAUUCCAGCAUAUUAAAUGAUUUCGUGGAAUCUAAUUUUUUUGUGAUUGAUGGAGACUCCUUGCUUGUCACAUGCCUAUGUGUAAAAUCAUUCAAGUGGGGACAGAAUCUCCAUUUCUUCUAUCUGGUUGAAUGCUAUCUUGUGGAUCUUAUGAGUAAUGGAGGACAAUUUUCUAUAGUUUUCUUCAAGGAUGCUGAAUGUGCAUAUUUUGAUUUUCCUGAAUUUCUUUCAUUGAGAACUGCUUUAAUUCUCCACCUUCAACACAACACUGACAUUGAUGUGCAAACGGAGUUUUCUGGAUGCUUAUCACAAGAUUGGAAGUUAUUCUUGGAACAGCAUUACCCAUAUUUUCUGAUAGUUUCAGAGGAAGGCCUGAGUGAUUUACAAACGUACCUUUUUAACUUCUUAAUCAUACAUUCCUGGGGAAUGAAAGUCAAUGUUGUGCUUUCUUCAGGGCACGAAUCUGAUACUCUCAGACUUUAUGCACAUAUUAUGGAAAGCACAGAGAGAAACCAAACUUUUUUGAAGCAGAAUGAAACAGUGAUUCAGAGUGCAUAUAAAAGUCUCAUACAACACUUGGAAGAAAGAAGGGUUUUAGCAUUAGCACCUUAUUUUGAACGGUUGAAAUGGAAUGAUAUGAUGGAAGAGGCGUGUAGGACUCUAUUUCUGCUUCAGCAUCUGUGGCCAGAAGGAUCGGACAUCCGACGUGUUCUCUGCGUCACCUCUUGUUCACUGUCCUUAAGAAUGUACCACCGCAUCUUAGUGUGCUGUAAUCACCUAUCCCUGCAGGAGGUGGAAGAUUUCUGCAGACUGCAUUGCCUCUGUGUGGCUUUUCAACUCCACUUACCCCUUUCACAGAGAGCUUGUUCUCGAGUCAUCACAUCCUCUUGGAUUAGGGCCAGUGAUUCUUUCUUAAAAAUGAACAAGUGGUGUGAACAUUUCAUUUUAGGCAACUUAAACAUUUUGGGAUCCUGGAAUCUGGAUUUAAAACAUGUUUCUGACUUACAUGAUGAGCAAUUGUUAAAGAAUAUUGCCUUUCACUAUGAAUUUGAAAGUACUCAAGAACCACAUUUGAAUUUGGGAAAUUCCAUUAAGAGGGAUUAUGAACACCUGUGGAAUUUUGUGUCACAGCUGGUUAAAGAAUUUGAUGUUGGAAAGUCUUUUCCUGUGAGAACAAGAACACAACAUUUUCUUACACAAAAGGAAUCAGUCAUUCAAGAAAUCUCCUUGGAAAAGUUGCCUAGUGUGGGUUUUAUUCCGAUGACAUCUGCUGUAAUUGAUGAGUUUGUUGGAGACAUGGUGAAGGAUUUGCCUAUUCUAAAGAGUGAUGACGCGGUUGUUCCUUCACUGUUUCCACAAAAGACAUCUGAUGAGCUUUUGCACUGGCAUGCCCAAAGACCCCUUAGUGACGACUAUGACAGGAUCAAGUGUCACAUUGAUGAGCAAUCUAGAGAUCCUCAUGUUCUUGAUUUCCUGAAAAAGAGUCAGGCUUAUCAGCGGUUUUAUGGAAAAUCACUAGAAUCAGUCUCUACAAAAGUCAUUUCGAUUCAAACUACUCAGCAAAAGGAGGAUUCCAGUGGUGCCAGUGGUGAAAUAUUGCAGUAUAUUAAACCCCAAAAAGUUACCAAAAAGAAAAAGAAAAAGACAAUUCCCAAAGAAGAGCAGAGUAAAGAACAGCAAAAUGAUGAUCUGGUGUUUUCGAUUGAAGAGGAGAUGAAAAAUAACUUACAUUCUGGAAUAAGGAAAUUGGAAGAUUAUUUGACGUCAUGUAAAAGUAAUUCAGCGAAAUUUGGAGUUGAAAUGUUAGGAUUAAUUGCCUGCUUUAAAGCAUGGAAAGAACAUUGCCACGGUAAAGGCAAAAUUUCAAAAGAUUUAAGUAUUGCUGUUCAAAUGAUGAAAAGGAUUCAUUCACUCCUGGAGAGAUACCCAGAAAUUUUGGAAACGGAACAUCAUCAAUAUAUAGCUAAAUGCCUUAACUGUUUAGGCUUUAAUGAUUUGGCAAACUCUUUAGAUCCAACUUUGGUGACAGGGAAUGACAAAGAGAAGAAUAAAGGAAAUAAAUAUUCGAUUGGCAUGGGGCCAGCUCGGUUUCAACUGCAAUACAUGGGCCAUUACUUGAUACGAGAUGAAAGAAAGGAUCCAGAUCCCAGGGUCCAGGAUUUUAUUCCCGACACAUGGCAGCGGGAACUCCUGGAUGUGGUGGAUAAGAAUGAGUCAGCAGUAAUUGUGGCCCCAACGUCCUCAGGCAAAACCUAUGCUUCCUACUACUGCAUGGAGAAAGUGCUGAGGGAGAGCGAUGAUGAGGUGGUCGUGUAUGUUGCACCCACAAAGGCUGUUGUUUCUCAGGUGGCUGCAAGUGUUCAGAAUCGUUUUACUAAAAGGUUACCUGCUGGCAGAACUCUAUGUGGUGCUUUCACAAGAGAUUAUCGUCACAAUGCACUAAACUCUCAGGUACUUAUUACAGUGCCUGAAUGUUUUGAAAUUCUGCUGCUUGCUCCUCAUCGCCAAAAAUGGGUGAAAAGGAUUAGAUAUGUUAUAUUCGAUGAGGUCCAUUAUCUUGGCAGAGAAGUUGGAGUAAAAUUUUGGGAGCUCCUCCUUGUCAUUAUUCGAUGUCCCUUUUUGAUUGUUUCAGCUGCCAUAGAUAACCCAGAUCUUCUCACUAAGUGGCUGCAUUCAGUAAAACAGUACUGGAAAUGGGCAGACAAGAUUAUGGAAGAGAAAUUUAUUUCUGAGAAACAGGCUGACAAAUGUCUCAACUUUCUCAAAGACCAUUCAUAUAAAAAUCAAUCAUAUGAAGUUAGACUUGUGCUCUGUGGAGAGAGAUACAAUGAUUUAGAGAAGCAUAUAUGUUCAGUAAAACAUGAUGAUGUUCAUUUUGAUCAUUUUCAUCCAUGUGCUGCACUAACGACAGAUAUUAUUGAAAAGUAUGGAUUCCCACCUGAUCUUACAUUCACCCCUCAAGAAAGCAUCCAGCUUUAUGAUACCAUGGUUCAAGUCUGGGAAACUUGGCCCAGGGCUCAGGAAUUGUGUCCAGAGGAAUUUGUUCUUUUUAAGAAUAAAGUAGUCAUUAAGAAGUUGGAUGUUAGAAAAUAUGAAGAAAACUUAAAGGCAGAAUUAACGAAUUGGAUUCAAAAUGGCAAAGUGAAGCAGGUCGAAACAGUACUGGAGAACCUUAGUCCGGAUUCAUCGUCUAGUUCAAAAGAUAUGGUAAACAUGUUUCCUCUUCUUGUUGAAAAGUUAAGACAAAUGGAUAAGUUACCUGCAAUAUUUUUUUUGUUUAAGAAUGGUGAUGUGGAAAAAAGAGCUGGAAGUAUGUGCGCUUUUCUGGAGAAGAUAGGGACAAAAAGCCAUCCCCACACUGAAUGUCAUCAUUAUAUCCUUGAUAUAAAUGAAGAACUUAAAAAAGUUGAAGGAAUUGUGAAGGUAGAAAAAAAGACCAUUAAAAAAAAACAGAAGAAGCCUGGAAAACUGGAAAGAAUGCUAAUGGAUAGGCCUGAAUAUAUUAACUUCCUGAUGAAGCUGAAGACUGUGAAAAUCUCUGAGGGCUGCACGUAUGCUGAUGUCAGCGCCCUGCACAGUGAGAUCACCGAGGAGAAUGGCUUGACUUUGAAUACAGCGUUAAAACGAGUGAAAUUAACGAGGAGAGGCGAAGAACUGACAACUUUAGCACAAAGGGGGAUUGGAUAUCAUCACAGCGCCAUGUAUUUUAAAGAAAAAGAGUUAGUUGAGAUACUCUUUGCAAAAGGGCUUAUUAGGGUAGUGACAGCUACUGAAACAUUUGCCUUAGGGAUCCACAAGCCAUGCAAAUCUGUUGUUUUUGCUCAAGACUCAGUCUAUCUGGAUGCUUUAAAUUACAGACAGAUGUCUGGUCGUGCUGGAAGAAGAGGUCAAGACCUGCUUGGAGAUGUCUAUUUCUUUGAUGUCCCAUUGCCAAAAAUAAAAAGACUCAUUGCAUCCAAUGUUCCUGAGCUGAGAGGGCGGUUUCCUCUCAGCAUAACCCUGGUCCUGCGACUCAUGCUGCUGGCUUCCAAGAAAGAUGACCCAGAGGAUGCCAAGGCAAAGGUGUUGUCAGUGCUGAAGCAUUCAUUGCUGUCUUUUAAGAGACCAAGAGCCAUGGAGACUUUGAAACUUUACUUUUUGUUUUCUUUGCAGCUCCUGAUCAAAGAGGACUCUUUAGAUAAAAAAGGUAAUCCAAAGAAAUUUGCAGGACUUGUAUCAUAUUUGCAUGGACAUGAACCUUCAAAUCUUGUUUUUGUAAAUUUUCUCAAGAGAGGCCUUUUUCAUAAUCUAUGUAAACCAGACUUUAAAGGCACCCAACAAUUUUCCCAAGAUGUGAUGGAAAAGCUCGUGUUAGUACUGGCAAACUUGUUUGGAAGAAAAUAUAUUCCAGCAAAAUUCCAAAAUGCUCAUCUAAGUUUUUCUCAGUCAAAGGUGAUCCUUGCCGACCUCCCGGAGGAUUUUAAAGCUGCUUUACAUGAGUAUAACCUGGCAGUGAUGAAGGAUUUUGCCUCCUUCCUACUUACUGCUUCCAAGUCGGUGAACAUGAAAAAUGAGUAUCAACUCCCUUUGUCAAGAAUCAAAUUCACAGGUAAAAAAUGUGGAGACUCCCAACUUGUGUCUCACUUGAUGAGCUGCAAGGAAGGAAGAGUUGCGAUUUCACCAUUUGUUUGUCUUUCGGGGAACACAGAUGUUGAUUUGCUUCAACCAGAGACUGUCAACCAGGUCAUUCUGCGCACAGUUGGUGUUAGUGGCACUCAGGCUCCUCUGCUGUGGCCGUGGAAAUUCGAUCACCGAGGAAGGAGGAUGCCACUAAAUGCAUAUGCACUCAAUUUCUACAAGCACAACUGCUUGACAAGAUUAGGCCAAACCAAUGGGAUGCAUAUGGGACAGCUCUUAAGGUGUUUGAAAGAUUUUGCAUUCACCAUUCAGGCUAUCAGUGACUCCUUGAGUGAACUAUGUGAAAAUGAGCAUGACAAUGUAGUCCUGGCAUUUAAGCAAUUGAGUCAAACCUUUUAUAAGAAACUUGAAGAAAUCACUCACACUAACACCAUGGAAAACCUUCAAGUCUGAUUAUGUGAUAUUUAUCCCUUUGCAAGGAGAGAUAUAUUUGAGCUUAUACAAUGAAAUGGAAAAAAUAUUCAUCUUGGAGCCAAACAGAAUUGAAUUCAAGUGUUAGCUCUGCUGUUUUCUAACUGAAUGACCUUAAAUUAUGUAAUAUAUCUGAACUUGAACUUUAUUUUUGGCAAAAUGGGAGUAAAGAUGGAUACCUGUAGUUGUUUUGAGUCUUAAAUGAGAUAAUGUAUGAAAAGUGAUUGGGAUUGGGUGGUGACUUAAUUAAUUACAGUGUUAUUUUUUUUGUAGUUAAAGUUAAUAUCUAGUAAAAUUUGUAUCACAUUGCCAAUUUUUGAUACAUCCUCAAGUUACUGAAUUUUAAAUUAAUGAUCAAUAAAUCACAAGAGACCCAAGUCAAUCCUGAACAACAAUUUAGUUAUGUAAGAAGACUUCUGCGUUUACAAGAAAGUAACUGCUGUGGACUGAAUGUUUGUGCCCUCCCCUCAACAAUGUUUAUACUGAAAUUCUAACCCUCGAUGUGAUGAUAUUAGGGAUGAUUAGGUCAUGAGAGUGGAGCUCCUUGGAUGUAGUUAGUGCCUUUAACAGAGAGAUACAAGAGAACUUGCUCUCCUCUCUCUGCUCGCUACUAUUGGAUGAUACGAUGGGAAGAUGGCCAUCUGCAAACCAAGAAGCAGGCCCUCACCAGAACGGAAUCUACUUACACCUUGAUCUUGAACUUUCCAGCCUCCAAAAUUGUGAGAAAUAUAUGUGUGUUGUUUAGCCACCUAGUCUGUGAUAUUCUGUGAUAGCAGCCUGAAUUGACUAAGACAGUCACUUGGAGUAAUUAUAAACCACUUUCCAUUUGAAAGCAGAACAUGCUGAUUCAACUGUUUUGUCCGAUAGCAAUGAUAGAUUUUGCUUGAGUCCCCCAAACUUUCUUAUUUCUUCUUUCCAAAUGAUCAAGAGUACACUUUCUGGCAGUGAUUAAGGAGUGUGUAUGUAACAGAAAAAAAGUUUACCCUGUGAACCUGAAUAUGGAAUUCACAUUGUUUCUGCCCUCAAUAUCAUACUUAAAAAACAAGCAUACAAACAAAUAAAAAUGAACAAACAACAACCAUUACAAAAACAAACCUUUAAAGGUGUGUUUCUGCUGUGAUAAAUGAAUUUGAUACUCUGAAGGAGAAAAAAGUCUCACAAAUGAGCUUAAACUGCAGUUGAUUUAAAAAUUAGAGAAUAUAAUUCUUAAAGCUAUUGAAAGUUUCAACCAGAAAACCUCAAGUGAAUUUUUAAUGUAAAUGAGGUCUUGAGUACAAGUUCUGUGAUCCUUUAAGAAAACAAUCAGCUGAAAACUUGGUAUUGUUGCUGUUUAUGUAGUAAGUGACUUGGCACCCAUCAGAAAAUAAAGGGAGUUAAAUUGA